AUGCGUGUCUUUUUUGUAUUACCAAUUUUUUUGCAUUUAACAUAUGCAUUUUUAGCUCAUUUUAAACAAUUACAUGAUAAUUCAGGACAACAACAACUAGUAUCGGAAAAUAAUGAUUUAGAAAAUUUAAGAGUUCCCUUCUUUGUUGAAAAGAGAAGAUUAUAUCAUACCUUAAAUGGUACUGCUAAAGCUUUAUUCACAGAUACUGAAGAAAGUGAAAACGAUGACGAUGAAGAAAAAGAUAAAGAUGAUAGUGAUAAUAAUGACAAUAACAACCACGAGGAAGAAGAUGAAGAAGAAGAAGAAGAUGAAGAAGAAGAAGAAGAUGGUUAUGUAACAAUUAAUACUCCAUCACAAGGACCUGCAAAUUGUAAAAGUGACUCUCAUUUAAUUGAAACUUAUGAUCAAUUACAAUCUUUACAAGUUAAUUGUAAAGAAGUCAUUGGCGAUUUAAUUAUUUCACCAGUAUAUGAUGAUACUGUCGUUGAUUUGGGAAAUAUUCAAAAAAUAUUUGGGAAUUUAAUUGUUGAACAUUCAAGCGCUAUUAGUAAAAUAAAUGCAGAAAGUUUAGUUGCAAUUACUCAAAAUUUUAUACUAAGAAGUUUAACAUCACUGAUUGAUAUUAAUGCCCCAAUUUUAAAAUCUGUUAAUUCUAUUGACUGGAAAAUUUUACCAAUUUUAGGAACAAUUACUUUAGAUAGCAAUAUUAUGGUAAAUCAAAAUAUAAUAAUUUCUGAUACUUCAUUGGCAAACAUUGAUCAAUUUUUAAAAGUUAAAGAGAUUGAUAUCUUCAAUAUUAAUAAUAAUAGAUUCUUAGAGACCAUAAAAUCAAAUAUUGAUACGAUAAAUGUUCAAUUUACGGUUCAUGCAAACGCAAGAGAUUUAGAAUUGGAUAUGCCAAAAUUACAAUUUGCUCAAAAUUUAACAAUUAGAGAUACUUCACUUAUCAAUCUACCAAAUUUAGAAAGAGUACAAUCUUCAUUUCAAAUUAUUGAAAAUUUAAUCUCUUCCUUAGAUAUCUCAAAUUUACAAUAUGUUGGAGGUACUUUAGGGAUUAUUGAAAACCAUCAGUUAACAAAAGCUAAUUUUAAUAAUGUAUCAGAGGUUCAAGGUGGGUUAAUGAUUGCACAAAAUGGGAAGUUGGAUAAAAUUAAUUUUUUCCAAAGUUUAAAACAGAUCGGCGGUGCUAUUCACUUCGAAGGUAAGUUUAGUGAAACAAAUUUUGAAAAUUUAAAAUUAGUCAAGGGGAGUGCCUUCAUUAAGAGUUCAUCACCAAAUCUGGAUUGUAGUCAAUGGAUUACCUCUUCUAAUGGUAGAUCUAUCAUUAGAGGUGGUAAAGUUAAAUGUAGUUCUGCUAGGAAAUCAAACUUCUUAAACAUUGAUAAAGAAGGCGUUGUUUUAGAUAGUAUUGAAAACGAUAAUGAUGAUUUCGAUGAAGGAUCGGAAGGAUAUGGUGGUAAUGACAACUCAAAUGGUAAGCAAAAUAAAGAAUUACUAGCUAAGGGAACAAAAAAAUCAAGUCUCAAGAAUAAGUUUUCAAAUAGUUCAAAUUCAUUAAGGACUAGUACGAUGUGCGCAUCAUUGAACGUAUUUAUCCUCGUUGUACUUAAAUCGGUUGGCAUAUUUUAG